GCGCGGUGUACAUUUAAGCAGUGAAAGCUAGUUGUGCUAACAAUCUUUGUGAGACGAAAAAUGUGUCUUGCUUAAAGAAAAACAUGUCUCUGAGGAUGGAACCAGGACAAAUUUACAACACGUGGGCUGAGUUCAAAGAAGCUCUAGAUGCUCAUUGUAAAGAAAACAAAGUUAUAUUCAACAUAAGUAAUGCAAAGACUGUUGAACAAGCUAACAAUUUUCUCAAGAAAAAGCCAUACUUUGAUAUCCACUUAAAAUAUGCUUCAAUCAUUCUAAUCUGUAAACAUUAUGGGUCAUACAAAAGCUUGAGCUCAGGUCUAAGGCCAAAACAAAGGAGUUACAAGAUCAACUGCAAAGCUUACAUAAGUGUUAGUGCUUGCCGCAAAGAAAAUUAUCUCAUUAUCAGAGACUCGUAUCAUAUUCAUAGUCACCCAUGCACAGAAGAGAUAUAUAAUUCUUAUCCAGAAGUCAGAAGGAUGACUAGAGAAGAAAGAAAGAUGGUAGGGACUCUGAUGGAAAUGGGUGUUCCUACUUAUCAAAUCAAAAAUGCAGUGGGACAACAUGUGACACUUAAAGAUCUACAAAAUGCAAAAACUCACAUAAAAGCUGUCAAGAUGGGGCUAAAGAGUGAUGAGCCCAAGACAGGCCCCAGAAAAAGAAAAACAUUUAAAGAGUUGCAAGAAGAGAGAAGAGAGGCCCGUCAUGCUGCUGGGGAAAUAGUGUCAGACACUGACGAGGAGGGGAGAGAGCAGGACAGCAGCUCAUCUCAGAACACUUCAUCCCUCUCUAAGUUUGACCACAGCACAGAUGGGGCAACAUCCAGAUAUGGAGACAAUGCCAACUACACUGUUACCAUUGGAGAUAUUGAACAGUUGGGAGUUGCUGGUGAUCCAAUGGGCUUGACAGAUAGCAUCAAGUAUGAGAAGGAUACUAAUGGCACAGACAUAGGGGGUUUGUCUGGUCUCUUGGCUGCUGCUGGUCUCAGCUCUGACUCUGUCGUCCUGACAGUAAACAACCAGGGUCAAGUUGAAGGUCUGGACACAGGGGAAGAUGGGGUGAAAAACUCGUACACUGUAACUGUGUCCUUACCAGAAGGGGAUGUCACCCAGACAGGUACUAACCUCCAGGAGCUUCUUAAAGGCUUGCCACUUGGUAAAAUCAUAUCCAAGUCUUCAUCCCCUUGCCCAUCACCAGCCAAAAUAAAAACGGAAGAUUUCUCAGCUACAGACAUAAAAUCCUGUUUGAAGUGUGGAGGUUACAUCUCUCCUUUAGAUGGUCACAGUGAAUGUCUCAACUGCCUUGGUCCUGAGCACAUACAUGACCUGAACUGUGAGCAUUGUAAAGCAAUGACUGUAGAACAGUUUAACAUCAGGCGGAAAAAGAUGGUUGCUUUGAGAAUGAAAGCGUUGAAAGAACUGAGGCGUAAGAGAAGGCAAGAUUAUGACCAACUGGAUGAAAAUGCUGAUUCCGACUCUGAUUAUUCCCCAACUAUGCGGAAGAGCAAGAGAGUGAGGAAACCAAAGAACUUUGGUCCUGACAUUGCCGUAGAAAGUCCUUUUGUCAUGUGCAGUCCCAAGUACUCCAAGCAUCAAACUGCUAAAUUAGGCUUGGAUGAAGAAAAGCCAUUUUCUGACAUUGUGCCUAAGUGUGAGCCUCCAGAUGAGUACGGCUCCAGCUGCUCCUAUGAUAACCUUGACCCUCUGGAUCAGAAAGAUUUAAAAUUUGUCCAGCAAAACACCCAGAGGUUCGAACACAUUCUCUCCCAAACCACUGUGUUUGAUGAUGUCAAGCUGGUCACUAGUGACAGCGAGUCUUCUUGCUUUACCCCAGAAGCUGCCACCUGGGCAGAGCUCCAAAAACUUUCUACCCUAACAGACUUGCCAGCUGUCCCCCACACCAUGAACGGCAAGUAUGCACUGCACCCCAAGUUUGAGUCAACAUUUUGUUCAGACCCCCAACCCCUGGUUGGAAUUUCUGACCCAGGCGUUGAAACCAUGGCAUCUGGAUUGUUCAAGUUGGCCAAAAAUGCUGCUGCUCAAAUACGAGUGUCAGUCUAUGAUAAGCUCUUCACUCGUCUGGGUGUUGGCAUGGCUGAUGAAGCUCUUUCAAUCUUAAGUGAGCUGUACAGUAAAGUGACAGAAGUGACUGAAAUUUCUCAAGAAGAUUUAACCAGCAACCUUCAAACAGCACUGGAUACAAUUCAAGCUUUGAAGGAUGUCUUAGAAGAAUUAGGUAUCAUGUCCAAAGAUGCUAUUUCCACCGCCUCGCACCAGAGAACCAUCUCUGUUCAUUCGUUGGCCGCUGCUAAAAAAUGCCUGAAGCUGCAUCAAGCCAGAGGUGAAGAGGUCACCCCCAGACGCAGCAAAUUUUUACCAUUUGCGAAAGCCAACCUAAAAGAUGGUUCUGGUGAAUUGGUUCCCAGUGCAGCACCCAGCUACACCACAAGCACUAUGUUAUCUAGCCAGCCAUCAUCUCCCACUUACAGUUUUAAGCAGUUGGCAGUAAAUAAUGGUACCUCGCAAAAUGAUACAAGCAUUGCAGGUUUGCCAUUAUCUAUUGCCUCGUCCCAGGAUAACAUAGAUGCCAGUUCUGUUACUUCUACUUCUUUUAUUAUGUCGACUAAAGAAUUCAGUGUAGCACCUCUAUCUAGCGAACUGCUGCAAAGCCUUAGUAACAAUAAAGAUGGAAUUAUUGAGCUUCAUGUGAUGAAAGAUGGGGAUGAGCUUUUAGAUACAGAAGAAGCCACCAUAGAAGAAGUUAUACAAACAGAAUAGUACAGCCUACAAUUGUAGAGUGUUUUUUUGUUUUGUAGGUUUUUUCCCAUUGUUUCUUGUUUCACCACCUAUAAAAUAUGUCAUUUACAAUUGUAUAAUUCGGGUUUAUUUUUGACAACCCACAAAUUGUUAGUCACCAAAGAAUUUUCUAAAUUUCUGAUUUUGUGUAGGAUAUCAGCAAGAUUAAAAUUAUAUUAGAUCAAUGGAUUUAAUAGAUCAUGCUUUUAGAAAACUAUUGAUCUGCCAAAAGUAUUUUGUUAAACAGCAUGUUUUAAUAGUCAUAUGCAGGGUUUUUUCUGUAAAAUGUUACAGCUGUUGGAUUUGUUGCAAUGUUAAAGCUGUUGAAUUUGUUGCAAUAUUCUUGUACAAUGUGUCAAAUAUUUUAUACAGUUCAAUUUGAAAUUACCAGCAGUGCAUAUUGUUUGACUCAGUUUGAGUGUUUAGAUAAGAUCAAGAAUUAAAUGAAAGGUUGUUUAUAUCUGAGAGGUCAGAUAUUUAGGCCUUUAUCACUGUCAAAAUUCAUUGAAAUAUUAUCCUAUUACAAUCACAUUAAAUUCAGUUUGCUUACAAGUCAGUUUCUUGCUGAUAUAUUUAUAUAAAGAAAAAAAUAAUUCCCAGAUUUUGUUUCAAUUUUUUAUUUUUUUUAAUGGUAUAUAGAGCUAUACUGUGUAAACAGUAAAAACAAAUAAAAUACCAA